CCCCUUUUCACACACUUCUGCAUUUGGGCCUCUGGUUCUUCAGCACACCGAACGAUGUUCGUCUGAGGUUCACCUCGUUGAAGCUGAAUGAAGAUGGUGUUUAAACAGACUUCUCGAUUAUUAGCAGCUUCGCAUCAAAAGCAGCACAACUUGAAAGUUUGAAAAUCAGCAGACCACAAAAGAUCCUCCAACUGGACGACUGGGAACAGCCGGCAGAGAUUCGGGCCCAGAAGAACUUCAGACACUUCAAGAGCAGAAGAACCUCGACUGCACAGAAGUUCCCACCUUUUUUAGAACUAGAAAGAUUAAUUAGUAAGUUUAGUAAUUCACAUAAAACAAAACAGGAAAUGUUCAGAUAUUUGAAAGGAGAAGGUGGCUCCAAGAGGCUUUCAGAUGCUAUUAAAAAAAAUGUCAGCAAACCAGUAGAAACACUGGCAGGAUCUCUGCCAGUUUAUCUGAUUCCCCUGGAAAAGGACAAAGAAUUCACUGUAACUGGAUGCAAGAGUUUCAGUUUUGGGAAAGAUUCCAGUAAACCCAAUCGCACCGUAAUGCUUAUGGGUGCAACUGGUGCUGGGAAGUCAACUCUCAUCAAUGGGAUGAUCAAUUACAUUCUAGGUGUUGAAUGGGAGGAUGACUAUCGCUUUAAGUUAGUUGAUGAGGAUCAGUCAGCUUCACAAGCUCACAGUCAGACCUCUGAAGUCACUGUGUACAAAAUCCACCGCCAGGAGGAUUUUACAAUCCUGUUCUCUCUGACCAUUGUGGACACUCCAGGAUUUGGAGAUACGAGAGGCAUAGAAAGAGAUGGUGAGAUUGUAGAGCAACUCCGUAACCUCUUCUCUGCUCAGCACGGUGUCAGUGAAAUUGAUGCUGUGUGUUUUGUAGCUCAGGCUUCUUUAGCACGACUCACUCCAACACAAAAAUAUCUCUUUGAUUCAGUGCUCUCGAUCUUUGGCAAAGAUGUGGCAGAAAACAUCAGAAUUGUGGUGACAUUUGCAGACGGUCAGAGACCUCCAGUUCUAGAGGCGAUCAAUGCUUCAGGAGUCCCAUGUCCUAAAACCAAAGACGGGCUGCCAGCUCACUUCAAAUUCAAUAAUUCAGCUCUGUUUGCAAACAACAAAUCGGCCAAAGCAGGCAGCACAGGUGAAGAUGAUGCAUAUGACAAUGAUGAUGAUGAUGAUGAUGAGGACUAUGAUGAGGACUAUGAUGACGAGGACUUUAACAAGAUGUUUUGGAACAUGGGGAUAAAAAGCAUGACGAGGUUUUUUGCUACUCUGAAUAAACUAGAAACAAAAAGCUUGACACUGACGAAGGAGGUCCUUAAAGAACGAAAGCAGCUUGAGAUUUCAGUGGAGAAUCUGCAGGUACAGGUAAAACUUGGAUUAGCAAAGCUUGAGGAGAUAAAAGAGAUGAGUGAAAAAGUUAUAAGGCAGAAAUCAACAGAAGCGAAAGUUUUGAGUUUGAAGUUAAUGUCAAGAAGCCUUUUCAGGAGGAUAUUUCAGAUACUCACAACUACAUCACCAACUGCCAGCAGUGUCAUUAUACCUGUCACUACCCUUGUCAGAGAGCAAAUGAUAAAAGAGGCUGUGCAGCAAUGAGAUCAAACGGAUACUGUACUCAGUGCCCAGGUAAAUGUAUCUGGAGUGUACAUUAUAAUCAGAAGUACAAAUGGGUGUAUCAAGAAGUUAAAGAGAAAAAACAGUAAAGGAGCUGAAAGAAAAGUACUUGAAAGCCAAAGGAGAGAAGAUGACUGUUCAAGCACUGGUUGACAAACUGAAUGCUGAGUAUGACUGUUUGCAGGUUGAUGUGGUAAAACUGGUGCAGAGAUCUGCAGAGUGUCUGAACAGACUUAAAGAGAUCGCACUGAAGCCCAACCCUCUGUCCAUUCUGGAGUACAUCGACAUCCUUAUUGAAGGAGAGAAAUCAGAGGGCAAACCAGGCUGGAUGAAACGAGUUCAGGCUCUGAUGUCCAUGAAAGAAAAAGUAGAGCUCAUGGCUCAUGUCGAGAAAACCUAUUAAGAGUUUCUUGAUGCUCAGUCUUAGACAUCACCCCAAAAUAUCACAAAGAUAGAAGCAGAGUCAGAUAAUGAUAGAAAUUAAAGUCUCAGCCAGGAGCAGCAAUUUUUUUAAAGUGAUCUUAAAGUUUUACCACAUUAAUUUUGCUAUUCUGAAUGUUUUUUGCAGUAAAAUUAUCUUUUUUUUUUUUGCUUCAUCAUUUUGUUGCAUCACUGUAACCAACUUAAAACCUAAACAAUGCAACACUGCUGAAAAUAUUAAUCUUUUUUCUUUAUUGAAUAUUUUAUUCCCUCUCAACUCUUUAUGAUGCUUCACACCUGCAGCUCUCAGUUUGAUGCUCAGUUUAAACUGAUAUAGAAGCUGUUUCUUUUAGAUUUAAGGAAACGCAAACAUUA